CUACAUGGAAAAUACAUAAUCUUUGAUGUGGGAGCGCCUUAAAGACAGUUUGUGUUAUAUUCAGAUAUUUGGCAGUUCUCUUGGUUCUUUUAGUGUGUAUCACGUGAUGUAGUGGGUGUGACGUCAGUGAGAGGGUCACGUGCCCGGCUCGGAUCAGCUGACCGCGGUGUUUCCUGGUUUUUUCUCGGUGCUUACCUCGGAUCUUUUGGACUUGAACUCGAUUCAGACCCAAUUCGGUAAAACACAGCUAUGAACAUCUCAGACAGCGAUGAGGAGCUGUACAAUGAGCGGACCGCUCUGGUCCCAUCAGAGAACCCUGCGGUUCCGUCUUACAGACCGGACUCAGAUCACAGCCCCACAGAGGACUCCCACAUUAAAACGGCGGGGUUCAGGAGGCAGACCCGUCCAGGAGGCGAUGGUUUGGAUCAGGAGGCGGAGCCUGAGGAUGAGGAGGAGGAGCUUCCUCUGAAGUAUGGAGCAAAGCAUGUCAUCAUGCUGUUCGUCCCUGUCACCCUCUGCAUGGUGGUCGUGGUCGCCACCAUCAAGUCAGUCAGCUUCUACUCGGAGAAGACUACCCAGCAGCUGAUCUACACACCCUUUACUGAGGACACUCCAAACGUGGGCCGCCGGCUGCUGAACUCCGUCCUAAACACGAUCAUCAUGAUCAGUGUCAUCGUGGUCAUGACCAUCCUGCUGGUGGUCCUCUACAAGUACCGCUGCUACAAGUUUAUCCAUGGCUGGCUCAUCCUGUCCUCUCUCAUGUUGCUCUUCUGGUUCAGCUUCAUGUAUCUGGGUGAGGUGUUUAAGACAUACAACGUAGCGGUGGAUUAUCCAACAGUGGCCAUGAUAAUCUGGAACUUCGGGGCUGUUGGGAUGGUGUGUAUCCACUGGAAGGGACCCCUGCAGCUGCAGCAGGCCUACCUGAUCCUCAUCAGUGCCCUCAUGGCCCUGGUCUUCAUCAAGUACCUCCCUGAGUGGUCAGCCUGGGUCAUCCUGGGGGCCAUCUCCAUCUAUGACCUGGUGGCCGUCCUCAGUCCUAAAGGACCUCUCCGGAUGUUGGUGGAAACGGCUCAGGAGCGAAAUGAGCCUAUCUUUCCCGCGCUCAUCUACUCCUCUGCUAUGAUGUGGACGGUGACCAUGGCAACUCCUGCUGACGCUCAGCACUCCGAAAUAGUUUCAGAUGAGGAGGCGGAGCUAAAUGGCAGGAGGGCGGAGCCUCGGAGCCGACAGCCGAGGUCGAUCCCUGAAGAUGAGCUGGAGGAGGAACGAGGGGUGAAGCUGGGUCUCGGAGACUUCAUCUUCUACAGCGUCCUGGUUGGGAAAGCUGCAGCCACUGGAGGAGACUGGAACACCACUCUGGCCUGCUUUGUCGCCAUCCUCAUCGGUCUGUGCCUGACACUGCUGCUCUUGGCCAUCUUUAAGAAGGCUCUGCCGGCGCUGCCCAUCUCCAUCACCUUCGGCCUCAUCUUCUACUUCUCCACUGACUUUCUGGUUCAGCCCUUCAUGGACAAUCUGGCCAGUCACCAGUUCUACAUCUGAGACGAAGCCCCGCCCACCUCGUUAUCAGCCUCCUCGUUAGUCUGCAGGACCACUCGCUGCUGUCAUCUAAUGUGGCACAAAAAGACCACUUCCUGUGCAGCUCUGAGCAACAGGAAGGGAUGUCAUACUCUCUGAUCUUAUGGGGGUUACCUGGUGGUCUCUGCUCAGGUGUUUGUUAAUCACCUGCUGUGAUGAAUCUACAGUUUAUGUCACGGCUGACUGUGAUUGGCUGAUGCUGCUGUCCAUCAAAAGAGACACUGUUUCUGUUUAAUCUGCCACUACCAGCAUCUGGUGUGGGUCGGUACCAACUAAUUCCCAUUACGACAUGGAGCUGCAAAGUGGGUGGAGCCACAGGUUUAAUUAAGGAAUUUUUUUGUUUUUAUCGGCUGACUACAUUCAUCAUGUCGAUUACCCACAAUCCUCAGGUCAAAAAAGUCUGCUUUUUUCAUUCUGCUUAAUUUAAUCUCACACUUGGGAUUUGACAGUACCUGUUGAAAUGCAUAAUGGGAGUUGUAGUUUCCCAGGAAAGUUUACAAGCUGCUUCCUUAAAGAUUGGUAUUUGACUACGUAAUUAAUUUGUUGAAUAAUCAGGAAACUCCAGGAAUUACAAACUGGACUUGAUUUUUCAAAAUAAAAGCCUCAUUGGAAGAGCUUCGAGCAGAAAAUGAUUUUAUUUUGUAGUAUCUGACCUGCACCUAUAAAACAUCAUUUAUUAUUUAUUUGUGAAAAUAAUUCCCUUUCUAUAAUAUUGACCUGUCUAGGCCUCCGUAUGUCUGCAGGUUGGUCUUUAGGGUUUUUGACUCUUUCAGCUUUUAUUGUUCUGAUCUCUGUAAAUGUCUGACAUAAAUGAGGUUUACUGGAACAGAGAGCUGCCGUCUGACUCUUAGAUCCGACCCUGUUUUAGGAUUUCUAAAAUAAACAUGGACCAGGGUCCGUAUUCCCAAAGAUCCUCAGAGAGUUCCUAUCUUCUCCUGAACAUUCCUGCCAACGAGUCUGAGCUCCUCUUAGAGAGGAGGUGUGGUUGACCCCGUUGCUAGGUGUGACGCUGUCUUCUAAGAGCUAAAAUAAAUGCACUCCCAGUAAUUAAUGGAGACAAAUGAACUGGUGAUUCAGAAAUGUUUCAAUCAUGAUAAAACUUAGCAAAAUUAAAUGAAUUGUUCCACAGCAUCAACAUGUGUGAACAUUAUUAUUCUGAUGUGAUUAUUAUUAUAUUUACUCUCCAUGCUGGUUGUUUUCCUACUGCAUCUAUUUCAUAUGAAUUAAUUUCAUAUUAAUAUUAAAACUCAACAUUUUCCUGUGA